UCUGCAGGACAUGUCUCCAGUGUCUCACAGGUUCAUAACAGUUUGAAAAAGUUUCAUCUUUGGGUUAAAAACUUUUUUCUGGGGCCUCGGGGCGUAAAGCGGAAGUUGUGAGUGAACCUCUCGGCUGACUUCGUGUUACUUCGUGAAAAACGAGUGUGUUCGCUCAUUCAGAAGGUGGAGUUGAGAUUUUUUUGGGGAGAGCCCAGAUUUCUCUCCCUCUUCUUCCUGGGACCUUCUCUGCUGACGCGUCCAGUGCGGAGCCGCCGUGUGAGUCCUGUGCGCCUCCGCCACCAUGACCCCGCUCCUGCUGGCGUUAGCGGCCCUGCUCCUCCAGGCAGACUCCUACUUCUCCGAGGAAAAGUAUCCGGAGGAGUCGAAGGUGCAGCCUCCCACCGUGGUGAUCGCGAUCAUAGCCCGCAACACCGCUCACUCCCUGCCCUACUACCUCGGAGCCCUGGAGAGACUCAACUACCCCAAAGAGCGCAUCUCCGUGUGGGCGGCCACGGAUCACAACUCUGACAACACCACAGCCAUGUUGAAAGAGUGGCUCACCUUCACACAGAAGUUUUACCAUUAUGUCGAGUGGAGACCCAUGGAUCAGCCCACGUCCUAUGCAGGAGAGCUGGGUCCUAAGCACUGGCCCAACAGCAGAUACGAGUAUGUGAUGAAGCUGAAGCAAGCAGCACUGAACUUCGCCCGGAAACGCUGGGCCGACUACAUCCUGUACGUUGACACUGACAAUAUCCUCACCAACCCAGAAACACUCAACCUGAUGAUCGCAGAAAACAAGUCUGUCAUCGCUCCCAUGUUAGACUCUCAGGGAGCCUACUCCAACUACUGGUGCGGCAUCACUCCGCAGGGAUACUAUCGUCGAACAGCCGAGUAUUUCCCCACCCGUCACCGUCACAGACUGGGCUGCUUCCCGGUGCCCAUGGUCCACUCCACUGUGCUGCUGGAUCUAAGGAAGGAGGGCAUGAAGAACCUGGCUUUCUUCCCUCCUCACGAGGACUACUCCUGGCCCUACGACGACAUCAUCGUGUUCGCCUUCUCCUGUCGAGCUGAAGAGAUACAGAUGUACCUGUGCAACAAGGAGCGCUACGGCUACCUGAACGUCCCGGCCAAACCUCACCAUACCCUGGAGGAUGAUCGCCUCAACUUUGUUCACAUCCACCUUGAGUCCAUGAUUGACGGUCCUCCCAUGCGCCAGUCUCGCUAUGUCCACAUGUUCCCCAAACAGAGAGACCUCAUGGGUUUUGAUGAGAUAUAUCUGAUAAACCUGCGGCGCCGUCAGGACCGCAGAGACCGGAUGUUGUUCUCUCUGAACGAGCUGGAGAUCGAUGUGAAGGUGGUGGAUGCUGUGGAUGGAAAUGCACUGAACAGCAGUGACAUUAAGAUCCUGGGUGUUGACUUGCUACCGGGCUACUACGACCCGUUCUCUGGACGCACCCUGACUAAAGGAGAGGUGGGCUGCUUCCUCAGCCACUACUUCAUCUGGAAGGAGAUGGUGGACGAGCAGAUGGAUAAAGCGCUCGUCUUAGAAGACGAUGUCCGUUUCCAGGCCAACUUCAAACGACGGGUCCUCAGACUAUUGGAGGAGGUGCAGCAGGUGGAACUCGACUGGGACAUCAUAUACUUUGGCAGGAAACAGGUGAAUCCUGGGAACGAGAAGGAGGUGGAGAACGUUCGUAACCUGGUGUACGCCGACUACUCGUACUGGACUCUGUCUUAUGCCAUCUCUCUGCAAGGAGCCCAGAAACUGCUCAACGCUGAACCACUUUCCAAGAUGCUGCCUGUGGAUGAGUUCCUCCCCAUCAUGUAUGACAAGCAUCCCAAUGAUGCCUACAAGUCCCACUUCCCCAACAGAAACUUACAAGCCUUCAGUACACGCCCCCUCGUGGUCCAGCCGUGCCACUACGCCGGAGAUCCGGACUGGGUGAGCGACACAGAGACGUCCACGCUGUGGGACGAUGACUCUGUACGCACAGAUUGGAGGGGCUCCCACAAGACCCUGAAAGGAGCGGCUCCGCCACCCGAGAUGCUGUCAGCUGCCUACAAGGAUGAACUUUAGUGCGGAGCGGACGUAGCUGUGGAGAAAGUGCAGGUGAAGAGGCCACGGGGUCAGAGAGACAGAUGCAGAGAGGGAGGAACUACACCCAGACUUUAUUUUGAGUCGACUCUGUGUCACACCACCAACACGCUCAGUGUCAUUUCACCUGGACUUUGAUUUUUCAAAGCGUGUUAGCAAGUGUAUGGCACAGGAGGAUUUUUUUAUAAUCAGAUGCUUUAACUUGCACAGCAGAUUUUUCUCGAACAGUCCAUCCUUUUUCCAUUUUUUACUUUACUCAGAAGACAUUUUUAAUAUUCUGAGAGUUUAAACAGUUGUAUGGCUAAGAUUAGCAUUUUUACUUGAAUGUAUGCCAGUGUGUUUGUGAUGAUGCAUGUUCAUAAUACAAAUUACAGAGCUUUUAAAACAGGAGAAGUGGUUUUAAAACGGCUUCACUGUUGAUCCCAGACUGAGGCUCCAGAAGCUGCACUGCUCACAACCUCUGGCAAGUCUGGACCAAAGUCUGAUACUGUCUAUGCUAUUAUUUCUAUUUUGUUAUAUCUGUCUGUUUACCCAUUUCUCCAUUUGUGCAUAUCUAAUAUUUGGGACAGUCGAAUGCAAACAGAGACAGAUUGAUCCUGAUUAAUUUAUCCCUUUGGCUUCAGUUUGUGAAACACAUUGAAUGUUUGCAUUGUACAAUCUAAUCUUUUUAAAAAUGUGUAUUUUUGAUAUCAAUUCAUUCCUGGAACUGAAAUAACCCUUCUGCUCUAUUUUCAUAUUUUGCCACACAAAUUGAACAUCAUGGUUGAGAGCUAGUGUGACGCCUGGAUUACCACCCAUCUUCAUUUCUCACUUCUCUAUUUACAUUUUUCUAUUUAUGUAGAUU